AUGAUGGGCAAGGAUAAAGAGCCGCUCGGCUCGGAGAAGGGCCGUGAGCUCAACGCGGAGGUGGCCAGGAUAUGCCUCGCGCUACACAGAGCGCGGCCAUUCACGCACCUCGCUGCGACCGCGCAGCAAUGGACCGAGGAAGAUGAGAACCCGCCUAGGGUGACAAUGGCGCACUUGCUUAGCGGCGCCUGCCUGGGGAAUAGGGAGCAGGCCAGAUGGUUCCUCAGAGUAGCGCGAGCGCAGACGGGGACGGCGAUCAGCAAAGUAGCACAGGCGGCACCCGACUCCAAGGAUACACUGAAGACGCUGAGGAUAGCGCAUGUCGCUGCGCUGAAGGGCUCACGCUAUAGGGUGCUGGAUGAGGACGGGUACGAUGCACUAGCCCCAGCUGUCGGGGGGGUGUUGCCAGCACUGGCAGAUGACCUCUCGGAGAAGAGCCGGAGGGACCUUGGCGCCGGGGUCACGAGGAACUUGCAAGUCGUGGCCGAGGCGGCGACGGGAGCGGUGCAGAGGUGGAUCCAGCUCAACGAUGAGGCUACCGCGCGCAUAAUGAAGAGAGAGGAACACAUUGAGUGGCUGAGGAAGCUCUUCGCUGGGGAGCGGUUCAGCUGCUGGGCGGGCUUCAGGGUGGUGCUCACGCGAAAAGGAAUCGACGCGAUGUACAAAGCAUACAACAAGAGGAGAAAGAAGAGGACGGACAUCAGUGAUGACGAAGCAGAAGCUAGCGCAGACGAGAGCAGGGCAGACCCGGGGACGGGGGAGUCGGAGCAGACGGCAUCGGCCGCCGAGGGAACGGCAGACGACGGGGAGGCGGAGCAGACGCGCAGGGCGAGACGAGGGAGGGAGCAGGAUGUUGCGGAGAUCAGCAGGAGGAUGUACGACGAGAUUAGGAGCAGCAGGGACCCGAGGGACCAUGAGAUGGGUAAAAAGGAGCAAAAGUCGUGGUAA